GCAGUUAGUGAUCUACCGGCAAAGGUUUCGAUGCGACUCUUCGUAGUGCUUAGUGUUUGUGUGGCGAUGGCCACCGCCGGCGGUUAUGGAGGUGGAGGCGGCGGCGGUGGAGGAGGUGGUGGAGGAGGACACGCAUCGUCCUCCGCUUCUGCAUCAGCAGGAGCAUUUGGAGGAUCAGGAGGACAUGGAUCAGGAGGUCUUGGAGGUGGUGCCGGCGGUUUUGGCGGCAAUCUGGAUAGCGGCUACGGUGGAGAUGGCGCCGGUGCUUCAUCGAGUGCUGGAGGCUCUGCUGGAGGACUUGGAGGAGGACUGGGUGGAGGAUCGAUUGGAGGUCCCUUCGGAGGUGGUGGCCACUCAGGAGGAGGUGGACACUCCGGUGGAGGAGGCGGACACUCCGGUGGAGGUGGACUAGUCGGAGGAGGAAGCAUUGGAGGUGGUCCAUUCGGUGGAGGUUCCAUUGGAGGAGGCCAUGGAGGAGGUGGAGGUGGAAUCGGUGGAGGUUCCAUUGGAGGAAGCCAUGGAGGAGGUGGAAUCGGUGGAGGCCCUGGUUUUGGAGGCGGUGGAAGCUCAGCAUCCUCAUCGGCCGGUGCUAUCGGAGGUGGCCACGGAUCCGGUAAGCCAGGUGGUGGCUACUCUGGAGGAGGCGGAUUCGGAGGAGGCGGAAUCGGAGGAGGUGGAUUUGGACCGGGAGGUGGACACUCCGGAGGAAAUGGAAUCGGUGGUGGAUUCGGACCAGGAGGUGGCAUCGGAGGCGGAUUCGGACCUGGUGGUGGCAUCGGCGGUGGCCACGGAGGAGGACCUGGUGGUGGUGGACACUUUGGUGGCGGCUUAAGCGGAGGUGGCCACAAGCAUAAGGGUCAUGGAGGCGGCGGCUUUGGCGGUGGUCCUGGCGGAGGCUUCGGAGGUGGUCAUGGAGGCGGAGGCGGCUAUGGAGGAGGUGGCGGCUAUGGAGGUGGUCCUGGAGGCGGAGGCGGCUAUGGAGGUAGUCCUGGAGGCGGCGGCGGCUAUGGCGGUGGCGCCCACUCGAGUGCAUCUGCAACAGCCAGUGCCUCUGCGGGUGCUGGAGGUGGAUACCAUGGCUAGAACUGUUCCCGAUACUCAAUAAUUUCCUCAAUAGAUCAAAAGUAUUACAAACGAAUUCAAUAAACUAGUUUUUGAACUGCGAAAAAA